UUCCAUUCUCAGAUCAACUACAAAAGUCACAAACCUGAAAAUUCCACUUUCUGAUAGAUCAACUACUUUUCAUUACAAUUAAGGGAAUCAUUCAUAGUUCAUAAAUCUGGGUACCUCUCAUUCCUCCGGAUUAAUGUCUGGGCAGGUCUGCUGCAUGGAGCUGCGGAUCUACCUGGACUGCCCGGCAUGUUGCAGGAAGAUGAAGAGAGUCCUUCUGAGAAUGAAAGAAAUAGAGCAGCACAUGAUAGAGAGGCAAAGCUGCAGAGUGAGUGUUUGUGGCAGAUUUGAUCCUGGAGAUGUGGCUAUAAAGAUCAGGAAGAAAAUGAACCGCCGGGUUGAGAUUCUUGAUGUUCAGAUAUUCAACAACCACGAUGGCCAACCCGAGUAAUCGCCCCGAGCCACCAUCCAUGUCGUCGAGCCGCCUGGAUAUAACAUAUUCUCAUGCAUAUAUGCAGGGCUGUCACCUUAGAAAGCAUUCCCAGGGAGGGAAAAGGCUGCAGUAUUUGUUACAGUGACAGACAAACAGGAACUAUACAUAGUACUUCGUAGUUUUUAAGGUAAAGGUUUAUGAUCUUCUGUGUUUUUUUUAGGUGUAUAUAUGUAUUUGUAGAGACUAGGAAAGGAGGGCAUUCUUAUGCAGAUCAGUAAUAGAAGACUGGUGAUUUAGUUUUCCUCUAGAUGUAAAUAAUGCAAUCAUGUAUAACUAUGAUUGGAUUUUAGUUCUUUGGUUUAUGAAUGUUUCAUCUAAUAUGGAACAAUUUUAAAUUUAA